AUGGCACUUUCGAUAUCAGGAGAUAAUUCAGGCAACAGUCCCUUUCACAUCCAGCCGCUCAGCCUGCUCCAUGAGAUUUCCAUGCUCAUAACCCUAAUAUGCACCCAAGUCCUGGUGAUGGCCUGUCUGGCGCAAGCCAUUUUUGCAGGCGGCGUGAUCACUCAGGACUUUGCGACUAGCUGUUCGCAGGGAAACUGGGGCCCUGCUGCUUACGGGCUCACGUCAGGUGCGUUUAUGCUUCCUGCUGGUCGCAUUGGGGAUAUCUACGGCCACCGACAGUGCUACAUCGGGGCGUGGACCGGGCUCUCCAUUGCUUCUCUGCUGGCUGGAAUCAGCGUCUACUCUCACUCAUUCAUCUUCUAUGCCAUCACUCGGGGUCUUCAAGGCAUGGCGACAGCCAUGUUACUUCCCUGCGCGCUUGCAAUCCUAGGCUCUGUGUACAGGGAGGGUCCGCGGAAGAACCUCGUCUUCUCACUCUUCGCUGCCGGCUCGCCCACUGGGUUCACUUUAGGUGGUAUCUUUUCUGGUCUGUUGGUUGAACUGGCCUGGUGGCCUUGGAUCUUCUGGAUUACUGCUAUGAUCAGCGCAGGGCUGUCUGUCAUCGCCUAUGGGACUGUCCCUUCAGCAGCACAUGCAGCGUCCGACGCUGACCCUCAGCCUGAUGUCACAGGCCCAACGUUCGACUGGACUGGCACUCUGGUAGGGGUAUCAGGCCUCCUGCUCUUCAAUGUUGCAUGGAAUCAAGCCCCAUCCGUGGGCUGGAAUUCCGCCACGUGCAUCACUCUUGCGACUCUAGGCUUUGUCCUCAUUCUGCUAUUCCCAUUCAUCGAGCGUCGCGCCCAGCAGCCGCUCAUCCCCAUCUCUCGUCUGUCGACAGAGAGCGGCUUCGUUCUGAUCGUCAUCGCUCUCUCAUGGUCCAGCUUCGGCAUCCUCACUUUCUACCUCACCCGCUUCCUCACGGACAUACGGCACGCCACUCCUCUCAACGCCGCAGCCCAAUUCAUCCCCGUGCCCAUCGCGGGGUGCAUAGCAUCUUAUCUGAAUAGCUUCCUCCUCCACCGCGGCGCCAGCCCCGUCAACGUUCUCGCCUUCUCCUGUAUCUGGUUCACUGUGGGUGCCGCUCUACUGGCCACCUUACCAAUCCACCAAAGUUUCUGGGUGCAGGUGUUCUGGAUCCAGGUCCUAGCCCCCUUGGGAAUCGAUCUGAGCUUCCCUUCGGCAACACUCCUCAUCAGUGAGCUUGUCCCUCGCAACCAGCUGGGUGUCGCCGCUUCGCUGAUUGCAACAACCGUCUACUAUUCGCAAUCCAUCGGAUUGGGGAUUGCGGGGACGGUGGAGGCGUACGUCGCGGAUGAUGAGCUCCUCCAGGGAUAUCGCGGCGCGGCGUAUACUGGGAUUGGACUAAGUGGGAUGGGGUUGGUGGUUGCGUUGGGGGCUGUUCUCCGCGCUUGCGCUUUGGGGAAGAGCAGAGAGUCUAAGGAGAUGGUUGUGUGA